AUGUACAACGAAUAUAAAAGCCUUUUGAUUACAACUGCCAAGUGGAUGCUGGAUCUUUGCAUCGAAAGGCUUUCCCAGAAAGAAGAGAGGUGCAUGAGGCUCGAAAAUGCCAUCAAUCCAUUGCUGGAUGACGAAGAUCAGGUGGCCCUUUCCUACGUCCUCGACAACAUCACCAACGGAAAGUUGAAGCCUCUGCCAGCCGAUCCUCAAGCCCUUCAACAAGAAAUUCGUCAAGGAUUACUACAACAUCGUCAAGAACCCAAUGGAUUUGGAAACGGUCACCAAAAAGUCAAAAAGGACAAGUACCACAAUCGCGAAGAAUUCCUCCUACGACGUCGACCUAAUCCUGGAGAACAGCAUCGUCUUCAAAGGAGAGGAUUCGCCCAGGAGACGCAUUUGUCAAAAUACUCUCGAAGAGAUAUAAUAUAA